UAGCAUUCAUUCGAGUGUCAGGUGUUUUGAUUUUACAAAUCUCCGACGUCUCGUCCGUUUAAAGAGGCGGAUUCGAAUCCAAAUUGAAAACAUUUCAGUCCAACUUUGUGAACAACCCGUCUCCCAACACAAGGAAUGCCAGCUCUCAACGCUACACACCGAUGCGCAGUGUUUGCGCUGCUCGCGCUGCUGCUGCUGCUGGCAGUGUCAUCGGUUUCCGCCGCACCAAUCAACAACAACAACAACAUGGCCGAUUCCUCCGCCAUCGAUGCGCCACCCCACCCGCCUGCGUGGCCCACCUACUUUUACGCAAACUACACCGUCUUCUACCAGCCGUACGGUCCGUACUGGCAGUCCGCGGGCGGCGGUGAGGUCUUUUACGACCACUCCCUUCCCGCAAUGCGAUCUUCGUACAAGCAGUGGUGCGCGCCCAUGUUUGAGAAUCCGACCGCGUACAACUUUACCUGCGAGUUCCUGUUUGUGAACGACACUGCCUACUACCUCAACAAUGGCGACCCAUCGCACCCGCCGUGCUGCGUUUUCAUGACGCCAUUUGCGCCGCCCAAGCCAGACUUUUUCGGCGAUGCAAAGUACGCCGGUGAGACGGUCAUGCAUGCGCAAAACACGACCAUCUGGCACAAGGAGGGCUUUGGAUACCUCUCGUACGACGUCUAUGGCAAGCCCAGCGAUUCGUACUACCCCGCCAGUCUGUGGGGUCCUCUGGCCGAUGGCUACCUCGAAAUCGACUACGCCUGGUUUGAUGCGAGCGUUCGUCCGGAUCCCGUUCAUUUUGCCGUGCCCGCGCAGUGCCAGAGCUCACCAGCAUGCGAGGACUUUGCGUCCUUCUCCAGCGUGCGUCUUCAGCUUCCGCUCGCGGGGCAUGUCAAGUACGAGCGGGUUUGAAGAAAUCGAGCGCUCGAACGUCAGAGUCUUUUUGUGUGUGCAUGGGCGUUUUAGAUGAGCAGCGGUUUUUUGCUCCCCUUUUGUUGACUUUUUUGGCGAGGUUGGCUUUGUGGCUUGAGAGACACUGGCUUACAGCGCACUUGAUUGGAGUUUGUGUUUGGCGAUCAAUGAACGUGCGCCACUUUCGACUUGUUUCGGUAUUUCCCAUCAAAUCCCUUCUCCCUUCUCUCUCGCGGUUUGUAUGCACUUUUGUUCCAAAUCAAAUCGACUUGCGCUGA